AAGCAGGCACGAGCCUCGAGCUUUAGACUCAAAUCAUUUGCUUUCUUUUAAUAUAUCAUCUACGCGCUGCUACCCUGUCUAUCUCCUCCAAUAUUUGCUUCCUUCCACCAUAACUACUCUAUUAUUUGCCAGAGGAUGUUGCAGAAAUCGGAUUUUUAAUACCUUCCAACUGUUAUAGUCAGUCUCUUGCAUGGUCAGAUGAACCCGAAACAAAGACACCUCUUUCGCCUCUCAAUUCUCACCAUUUACUGCUCCUUCUUCUUUCAUCAUUGGACACUUGUCUCUGCCAGUAACGCCUCCGCCCCUUAUACUCCCACGGAUGUUAUACUUCUUAGUACUGGCUCAUCCGGCAACUCCACUGCCGACGAUGGGCGGGCGUGGACUGGGGAUAAUGGCUCGAAAUUUGCUCCGUUCCCACAAUCUAAAGAAGCUACGUUGGCCGACCAGCGUUCCGCAAUUGGAGUCCCCUACUCCACAGCUAGAUUCUCUCGUUCCCGUUUCACCUACACUUUCCCUGUCACAGAUGGCCCCAAAUUCGUAAGACUCUACUUCUACCCAAUUUCAUAUUCAGAGUUAGAAGAGUCAAAGGCCUUGUUUUCUGUCGGCUCAGGCCCAUACACCCUCCUUGCCAACUUCAGCGGUUAUCUUACAGCAGAGGGGCCAAAUGCCAGCAGAGAAUUCUGCAUAAACGUUGAAAAGGAGGAUCAAGUAUUGCAUGUAACCUUCACUCCAAGUUCUUCAAAUGACUCCUAUGCUUUUGUGAAUGGAAUUGAAAUCUUCUCAAUGCCCCUAAACCUCUAUGAUGCGGCAGAAGAUAGGGAAGUCCCAUAUGUAGGCCAAAUAACAAAUUAUCAGAUUGAGAGCAGCACUGCACUUGAGACCGUGUAUCGUUUAAACGUUGGGGGUCCCUCCAUCAAAGCAACAGAUGACUCCGGUUUGUUUAGGGUCUGGUCUUUUGAUGAUCCCUAUGUGAAGGGUGAGAGUGCUACCGAUUCGUCCCCCCCAGGUGUUAGAAUCAAAUACACAGAAGAUACACCUGCCUAUGUUGCACCUCAAGAAGUCUACCUAACGUCCCGGUCACUGGGUCGUAACCGAGUGAGGAAUAGGCAGAACAAUCUCACAUGGAUAUUACCUGUUGAUUUGGGAUUCAUGUAUCUGGUCAGGCUCCAUUUCUGCGAAACCCUUCCGGAAAUCGUCGAUGUGAGUGAUAGGCAAUUCACUAUUUAUAUUGAUAGUCAGAUGGUCGUAGAGGCUUUUGAUGUGAUUGCCUGGAGCAAAGGUAACGGCAUUCCAGUGUUCAAAGACUAUGCUGUGAGGAUUGAAUCUAAUGGAAGCAAAGGUAAGUACGAUCUCCCCAUAGAUCUGGGCACUAGGCCUGGGUACAGUAAGUAUGUUGAUGCGGUCUUAAAUGGGAUUGAAAUAUUUAAAUUGAACAAGACUGAUGGCACUCUGGCUGGACAGAACCCUGAACCUCCAAAUACUCAACCUUCCCUGCCAGCCACCAAGAAGUCUACAAAUAAGAAAACAAUGAUUAUUGCCAUUGGUGCUGCUGUCAUGGUGGGUUUAGUAUUGCUUUCACUACUACUUUACAUCAUUUUCCGGCCACGAAGGAAGACCAGGUACUAUAAUUCUUAUAGUAGAAAAUCUUGGUGGUUGUGGUAUUGGUGUUGGGGCCAAGGCAAAUCAAAGUCUUCCCGAACCAAAGCCUCGUCACUGCCAGAGGAACUUUGCCUUCAGUUUCCACUGGCCGAGAUCAAAGAAGCCACCAAUAACUUCCAUGAAAGUUGCAUCAUCGGCAAGGGAGGAUUUGGCAAUGUCUACAAAGGUAAUAUCAGUGAUCUGGACAAUGCCGUAGCAAUCAAACGCUUAAAUCCCAUGUCAAGGCAGGGAGCCCAUGAGUUCAAAACGGAGAUAGAGAUGCUUUCUAGUCUCCGCCACGGCCACCUCGUCUCCCUGAUCGGCUACUGCAAUGAAGGACGUGAAAUGAUCCUCGUGUAUGAAUUCAUGAACAAGGGGACCCUCGGUGACCAUCUCUAUGAAACUAACAACGACCCUCUACGUUGGAGGCAAAGGCUCAAAAUCUGCAUUGAUGCAGCCCGUGGACUGGACUAUCUUCACACAGGCGCACCACAGAAGGUGAUUCACCGCGACGUGAAGACCACCAACAUUCUCUUGGAUGACAAAUGGAUAGCUAAGGUUUCGGACUUCGGAUUGUCCAAAAUUGGACCAACUAGCAUGCCCGUGGAAACGAUGGUUAAGGGCACAAGGGGUUACUUGGAUCCGGAAUACUACAGGCGUGGACAACUAACAGAGAAAUGUGAUGUCUACUCAUUUGGUGUGGUUUUGCUAGAAGUACUGUGUGCCCGGAAACCACUGAAUCCGAGACUUGGCACGGAUGAAGCCAAUCUAGCUCACUGGGCCAAAUUCUGCAUCCAGAAGGGGACAUUUGAUCAGAUAAUUGAUCCCUAUCUUAUAGGCAAGAUAUCACCCGCGUGCCUGAAGAAAUUCGUGGAGAUUGCUAUGAGCUGCGUGCAAGAUCAGGGAACCGAUAGGCCAAUGAUGGCCGAUGUGGUUGACAAUCUUGAGUUCGCAUUGAGGCUUCAGGAGAGUGCAGAAAAAGCGGAGGGUACUAUUGUUGAUCCUGUCGUCCUCUACAGGGACGUAUCCUUCAGUUCAGCAAUCACAGGCACUUCCAACGACCUUGAAAGUGGAGUUGCGGCAGAUUCAAGCGCCAGUGGCUGUACCGGAACCGGAACUACAACGUCUGACUGCACGACAUCUAAGGCCACCAAUUCCUCUGGCGUAUGAUUUCUUUCCACUCAAAUGGUUUGUAAUUUUAAAUCUACGCUCCCGUGAUUAGUCUAAAAUAUGUAUAAUAUUAUAAAAUGCCCCAAUAACUGGGAGAUAGUGUGCAAAAUAAGGAGUUUGCAAGACAUAUGUAGGAUUUUUAUCAUCAAAUAGCCAACUUAGAUGUACGUGGCAUAAAAAAACAAGCAUUAGUUUUGGUUCAGUUGAUAAUUCAGCUGUCCCUUUGGUCUAUUUUAAUUUGUUUCCUGUUGUAUGUUUUAUAAGAUUAAAAGUUUCUAUUAUUAUUUUGAGAAC